GCCUCGAACAGACCGAGUCUCAAGUGACCGAUUUCUCAUCAAAAUAAAAUUCAACAGGCUUGCAAAUGUUGCCUUGAAAUAGAACAUGGACUUGAACUUCCGCUUGUAGUCUAGUAUUUCUUGUACUACCUAUAGCGUAUGCAAGCAUGUGGCUAACACUGGACUAUUUUUUGCAACCAUUUUGUGUUCCUUAGCUCAAACACUCAACAUGGCUGCCUGGGCUGCUGUUCCAAGCACGAAACCUAAUGGAGAUAAGGUCAGGAAACGUUCUUUUUCUGGAGGGCUGCCUAUGUUAAAUCGAAGUGGAUCAAUGGCGGACAAAACUCUCCUUGGGGUGUUGAACAUCCUACGGAUGGACGAAGAGGCUGCAAACACAUUCUUAGUGAGGACCAUUCUUCCUGACGGCAACUUACGUCUGGU